ACAGAGACACAUUAAUACACAGAACACAACUAGAAAACUCUCUCCCACAGCUGCAACGGAAAUCUAUUGACGGUCGGGAAUUAAACGCAGGAUUUUGGAAUCCCUCAAGCUCCAAAACUCCUUCUGAUCUAUACCUUUUUCUGUGAUCUUUAGCUCCUACCGCCUCUUUCUCUAUUUAUCUGUCUUAAUUUUCUUCUCUCUCAGUCCAGAGAGAGAAUCUGAUUGCCUUAAGGAGGUACUAAAAUAAUAUAUAUAAAUAUAUUUUGGCACGGAUGGCGGGCCAGGCAGAAGAAUCUACCCCAACUGCUCAAGUGGUGGGGAAUGCCUUUGUGGAGCAGUACUAUAAUAUACUGUCCAAGUCUCCAGAGGUUGUUCAUAAAUUUUACCAAAAUUCUAGUGUGAUUAGCCGGCCAGAUUUUGACGGACUCAUGUUGUCUGCAUCAACUUUAGAGGGCAUUGACAAGAUGAUCCUUUCCCUUGACUAUAAGAAUUGUGAGGUUGAGAUAUUGACGACUGAUGCUCAAGAGUCUUUUGGAGAUGGCGUGAUUGUUUUGGUGACUGGUUUCUUUACUGGGAAGGACAACAUCAGACGAAAAUUUACACAAUUAUUCUUUUUGGCCCCACAAGACAGUCGUGCCUAUUUUGUUUUAAAUGAUGUUUUUAGGUAUGUGGAUGAUGAGGCAGUAGUGCCCAUUAAAAUCAAUGAUGCUGAUGAAGCUGCUCCAGCUGCUCCCAUCACACCAGAUCCUGAGCCAACUAUGGUUUCCAAUCACUCUGUGGUGGAUCAUACUCCUCUGUUGGAGGAAGAUACUGUUCAAGAUGAGGAAACUAGUCAUCCAUCAGACGAUGGAAAGAUUUCUAAUGUUGAUGAAGUUGUUUCUAGUCCAUCAGUUGGUACAAGUCAGAAUGAUGUGCCCCCAGUUUCAUCUGAUACGGUCCAUAGUGAUGCUCGUUCAGUUUCUGAAGCAAUUGUUUCUGAGGCAAUUGUUUCUGAUGCACAGGAGAAUCUUCCUAAGAAGUCAUAUGCAUCAGUAGCAAAUGAAUUGAAUUAUAAAAAGCAACCAUUUCAACAGAGGAUUUUACCUGCCAAACCUGUUGAACAAUCACCUGCAAUUGUUGUGCCUGAAGCAUCCCCACGCCCGGCUAAUAACAAACCUGUGGAAAAAAACAACAUUAAUUCAGUUAAGGGUUACUCCAUUUUUGUUGCCAAUUUGCCAAUGAGUGCAACUGUCGAACAGCUUAUAGAGACUUUUGAGAAAUUUGGGCCCAUCAAACCUAAUGGUGUUCAAGUCAGAAGUUAUAAGCAAGAAAAGAAUUGUUUUGGCUUUGUGGAGUUCGAAUCUGCAAAUUCCAUGCAAAGUGCCCUUGAGGUUUCUUCUAUCAAGAUUGGUGACCGACUAGCUCAUAUUGAGGAAAAAAAAGCCAAUAAUGAAGGUGGGAAAUUCCCACCUAGAAAGGGUGGUUUUCGAAGUGAGAGUUUUAGGAGUCGAGGAAACUUUAGUGGCGGUCGUGGCUAUGUGAGGAAUGAGUUUGACAAUCAGGGCGGAUCAUCUGGUGGUCAGUUCCGUGGUACUGCUAGACGCAAUGGGGAAGCUAACCAGAAAGUUUAUCAGAAUGGAGGAGGAAGAGUUGCCCGAGAAAUUCAAGGUCAAACUCAAACCCAAUCUCUUUCCCCACGUGGAAAGAACUAGUUUGUUGCUCUCUACUGAAUUUUGUUUUACUAGAUUUUUUUGGUCAAAUAUUCAGAUAGGCAAAUAUUUAGGCAAUGAGAUUGCGGCCUUGGCACAACUGAUAAGAGUAACUUUAAGCAUUUUGCACCAUCUAUUUAAGGCAGAACAUUUUUAUUAGAAA